AGGGAUGGGACUACUUUUGUAUCUACUCCCAGAGCUAGGCGCCUGCUCACCAUGGACACUGCAGGGUACCGAAAGUGGGACAGCAGGCAGGAAGAGAUCCCCGGAGGGCUCUCCGGACGCUGGGGACAGAGACCCCUCUUCCUGGUCUUGGCUUUCAUAGUCAUCACAGUCCUGUGGACCCUCAUUCUCAGCGUCCUGUUUUCCAAGGCGUCCACCGAACGCAGGGCGCUGCUUGACCACCAAGGCCUGCUGAGCACAAACGCCUCCAAACAGACGGCGGUGCUGGGUAUCUUGAAGGAGGAGGUCCGAGCGUGCAAUAGCUGCUGCCUGGGGACUCAGGCACAGCUGCAGACAGUCAGCAAGGAGCUUGGAGAGGCAAGGUCGAAGUUGUUGCAGCAGGAGAGUGCCCUAAAAGAACUGAGCGAGCGCGUGACCCAGAGCCUGGCUGAAGCCGGUAGGGACCGUGAGAACAUUCGCACUGAGCUCUUCCGGGCACUGGAGCAAGCCCGGCUUGGAAACAGCUCCUGCAAGGAGUGCCCCGAGUCGUGGCUGCCGUUCCAGGGCUCCUGUUACUUCUUCUCCACGCUGCGGGCCACGUGGGUGGAGGCACAGCAGCAUUGCGAGAGCUCCGGAGCGCACCUGGUGAUCGUCGGAGGCCUGGAAGAGCAGGGUUUCCUGAGUCGGAAUACGCGUGGCCGAGGUUAUUGGCUGGGCCUCAGGGCCGUGCGCAAGGUGCGCAGGAUCCAGGGCUACCAGUGGGUGGACGGAGUCGCGCUCAGUUUCAGCCACUGGAAUCGGGGGGAGCCCAACGACUCUAUGGGGCGCGAGGAUUGUAUCAUGAUGCUCCGCACGGGGUUGUGGAACGACGCGCCGUGUGACAACGAGAACGACAACUGGAUCUGUGAGAAGAGGCUCAGCUGCUGACCUUGCCCCUGGCCCAGAGCCGCGCCCACUGGCACUUGUCCAAUCGCCUGAGCCGCUCACCUUCCUGGCUCCGCCCACCACCGUGAAUCCCCUCCCCACCCAACUCUAGCAAUAACCAUGGCGCCACCCACAGCCCAAGCCAGUAACUGCACGGGGAGACGCGCUCCAGUCUCGCUGCAACCCCCCACCCGUAGACCUCACCAAGUCUGCUCCCGCUCCAAAAAUCUGAGCUCCUUGGACCCGUGAUCUGACCCCCAUCGCCCUUCCUAACCAAGGCCCGGCGACUCAGGGAUGGAGCUGUUUGAUUUAUUUGCAUUUUUACCCCAGGUGAGCUGCCUCAAAGAUAGGGGAUUUUGUGAACCUUCUUGGCAGCCCUAGGGAGCAUCAAUAAAUGAGAAAAUGAAUCUUG